AAGAAAAUCCCAAAAACAAAACAGCUGCAAAAACCUUGACCAGUUGACUCUCUUCCUCGUGGUUAAAGCUAAAUUUACUCACUUUCGCAGUUUCGCUUCACCAAAUCCUAAUUUAAAAGAAAAAAAAAAAAAGAAAAGAAAAGAAAAAAACCCGUACCAGAUUAACUUAGUCUUCAAUCAUAUACACACACACUCUGUACAUUUCAACCUCAAAAACCCGCGAAUUUGUAUUCCUUUCUGGGUCUCUGAAUAAAAAAACUUUUUUUUCUUUUUGGCGCUUUAACUCUCUCAUUUUGCAAUUGCAAUCUCAUCGAUACAAUUCCCAGGGUUUCAACGUUCAAUUCUCUUUGCUCGCUUGAAAAUCUAGGGUUUUAUUUCUGAGGUCGUUUCCAGCACACUCUACUUGAUGAGGCUUGGGAAAGAUGAAUCAUCAUGCAUUGCUGAACAAGUUGUUGACCUAGUUUCAGCAGUGAAAGAGUUACAUGGGCUUAGCUCCCAGGAACUUAAUAAAUUAAUAAGAGACUCCGAAAAUUUUACAAUUCACUUCCAAACUGAAAAAGGAACACAUUUAAAGAUUGAUGUGGAAAAACUGGCAAGCUUUCUUCCUUUGCAUCUAAUUGCAGUGCUUAUUUCAUCUGAUAAAGAUGAAUCGCUUUUGAGAUACUUAUUAUCUGGUGUUCGGCUUUUGCAUUCCCUGUGUGACCUAGCACCUCGGCAUACUAAACUUGAGCAGAUUUUGCUUGAUGAUGUAAAAGUAUCAGAACAACUGUUAGAUCUGGUGUUUUAUGUACUAAUUGUUCUUAGUGGUAUCAGACAGGAAAAUUGUAACACAAGCUCUGUGGCCCUUCUGCAUUCAGCAUUGGUAGCAUGCAGUCUAUAUCUAUUAACAGGUUGUAUAUCAUCACAGUGGCAAGAUCUUGUUCAGGUGUUGCUUGCACACCCAAAGGUUGACAUAUUUAUGGAUGCAGCUUUUGGAGCAGUACAUGUUGCUAUCAGGUUUCUUCAGGUCAAGCUGUCAGCUCAAUAUACUGAUUUUCACAUGACAUCAAGUCCGACAGCCGAGCAAAUAGUUAACUAUCUAUGCCAACAGUGCGAGGCUUCUUUACAGUUUCUUCAGUCAUUAUGCCAGCAAAAGUUGUUCAGGGAGCGCCUUCUUAGAAACAAGGAACUAUGUGGAAAGGGUGGUGUUCUUUUUCUGGCUCAUGGCAUCUUGAAGUUAAAAAUCACAGCUCCCUUUGUAGAGUCAUCUACAGUUGUGGCUGCUGUAUCAAGACUAAAAGCUAAAGUGCUAUCAAUUCUAUUGCAUCUGUGUGAAGCAGAAAGCAUUUCUUACCUUGAUGAGGUUGCAAGUUCUCCAGGAAGCCUAGAUUUGGCCAAAUCUGUUGCUUUAGAGGUUCUUGAAUUAUUAAAGGCUGCACUUAGUAAAGAUCCCAAACAUCUCAGCGCUUGUUCUGAAAGAACAUUUCCCAUGGGGCUUCUGCGACUCAAUGCAAUGCGUUUGGCCGAUAUUUUCUCAGAUGAUUCAAAUUUUCGAUCUUACAUUACAACAUGCUUUACCAAAGUUCUGACUGCCAUAUUUUCACUCCCUCAUGGAGAGUUUUUAUCCAUUUGGUGCUCCUCUGAACUUCCACCAAGGGAGGAGGAUGCUACUCUGGAAUACGAUGUAUUUACAGCGGCUGGAUGGUUUUUGGAUACAUUUUCAUCAUUGGACCAAUCAAGUGCUAUAAAUUUAGAGAUUACUUUAAUUCCUAGCAACAUGCCCCAAGCUACAUAUGCUCAUCAGAGGACAUCAUUAUUUGUCAAAGUAAUUGCCAACCUUCAUUGUUUCGUCCCCAACAUUUGUGAAGAACAGGAAAGAAAUCUCUUCCUUCACAAGUUCUGUGAGUGCAUGCGGAUGAAUCCAUCUGAAUCCUUGCCUGGAUUUUCUUUUACUUCUGGUGCUAACAAAGCGAUCACUGUUUGCAGGAACCUGCGCUCAUUAUUAAGUCAUGCAGAGUCUCUGACUCCUAACUUUUUGAAUGAUGAGGAUGUACAGCUUUUAAGGGUGUUCUUUAACCAGUUACACUCACUGAUUAGUCCUGCUGAUUUUGAAGAAAACCAAGCUCAACAAAUUCAGGAAAUCAAGUUUGAGAGAUCAAUAUCCUUAGACAAGUUUUCUAAACUUGACAUCAAUGAGCAUCAUCAGGAGGCUCAGAGUACAGUAGGGUACUCACCUUUACUGAAGAAGGAAACUUCAACUCUGAACAAUGUAAGCAGUAAUCAGAAAGAAGAAAUGUCUGAAAAUUCUGCUUUUCAAGAAGAGCAGCUUAAUUUCAAAAAUGAGCGUAUGAAUCGUGGUGAUGAUGCAAUGAAGGAAGACAAGGGUAAAGCUGGUGGGACUGCCUCUGCUGUUUCAAGAGAGAUGGACAGGGAUUUUCAGAAUGUCGAAACAAGCGGUUCAGAUACAAGUUCUACACGAGGAAAGAAUUUUGUUGGUCAAAUGGGGAAUGGAGAUUUUGCCAAAUCAAGUGAUCUUGUGAAAGAAAAUGGUCGCCAAGGCGUUCAAGAAGAUGGAAAAGUUGGAACUAUUCAGUUUGAAGAGAAGCCAAGAAAGCGCAAACGGACUAUAAUGAAUGAUUAUCAGAUGUCAUUGAUUGAGAAGGCCCUGGUGGAUGAACCUGAUAUGCAGCGGAAUUCAGCUUCUAUACAGAGAUGGGCUGAUAAAUUAAGUAUUCAUGGUUCAGAAGUUACAUUUUCACAGCUAAAAAAUUGGCUCAACAACCGAAAAGCAAGACUAGCACGUGCAGGUAAGGAUGUUCGUGCACCAGUAGAGUUUGAUAGUGCUCAUUCAGUAAAGCAAGGUAUGUCAACACAUUCUCACGACUCACCUGAGAGUCGUGGAGAAGAUAAUGCUCCAUCAGGUGCAAGACUUGUUCCAAGCACGUCGAGAAUUGGAACUAGUGAAAAUGCUGAGACUUCUUUAGCUGAAUUUGUUGGCAUUGGUGCUGCAGAAUUUGUUCAAUGCAAGCCAGGUCAAUAUGUUGUGCUUGUAGAUAAGCAAGGCGAGGAGAUUGGUAAGGCCAAAGUAUAUCAAGUUCAAGGUAAAUGGUAUGGGAAGAAUUUGGAGGAAUCGGAAACGUGUGUCGUGGAUGUUACUGAGCUUAAGGCUGAUAGAUGGGUGAGGCUUCCAUACCCAUCUGAAGCCACCGGCACCUCAUUUAGUGAGGCCGAAACAAAGCUUGGGGUAAUGAGAGUGUUGUGGGACUCAAACAAAAUAUUUAUGUUUCGGCCUUGAUGAUGGCCUUGCUAGAAUCUUAGUGCCCCAUAGCAUAUUGUCACCAUCAAUAUAGUUCCUCUUUUUGUUUUUUUUCCCCUUAAUUUUAUUAAUUAGAUUCUAAUCAUAAUCAUAAUCGUAAUCAGGUUCAGGAUUUAUUGUUUUUCU